CCGUUGUUGGAGCAGUUUGCGUUUGGUCACAAUGUGAGGUAGUUCGAUUAAAAACGCGGUCAGUCGAACACAAAGUCCUUCAAGUGAUUUUUAUUUCACAGCAACAAAUCUCUGAAAAAAAUACUCAUAAAAUAAUCCUGAAUUAUUGCAUAAAAGACGCGUGAACGUUUAUUUUUGGUGUGAAGUAUUCGUGAAUCCCUCAAAAUGGGUUUCACGAAGAGCGAAGAAAAUCCAGAGACUGGCGUCGUAGCUGACAAGGAUAAGGAAGGCGUCGUCCUGGCGAUGGCGCCGAUUGGACAAGUCGUCAAGUCCAGAACGCCCAGGAAUGAGCUUACGCAGACCGAUGAGCGGGAAACAUGGUCGGGCAAGGUGGAUUUUCUCCUCUCUGUGAUUGGAUUCGCGGUGGAUUUAGCCAACGUCUGGAGGUUCCCGUACUUGGUCUUCAAGAACGGAGGAGGAGCUUUCCUCGUUCCUUACUGCAUCAUGUUGGUUGUUGGUGGGAUACCGCUCUUCUACAUGGAAUUGGCUCUUGGGCAGUUCAACAGGAAAGGCGCCAUCACCUGCUGGGGACGACUAGUACCACUUUUUAAAGGAAUUGGCUAUGCGGUGGUCUUAAUCGCUUUCUACGUGGACUUCUACUACAACGUGAUAAUUGCGUGGUCGCUGAGAUUCUUCUUUGCCUCAUUCACGGACGUUCUGCCAUGGACAUCAUGCAACAAUGCCUGGAACACGGAAAGAUGUCGGGAGUUUGAUAGCAAUCCAGACAUCAAUUACACCCUCAUCAACGAGACCACACCGAUGCCAACCACCAAAUUCGCCUCAGCUGCCUCAGAGUACUUCAAUCGCUACAUCUUGGAGCUCAAUGAGAGUGAUGGAAUUCACGAUUUGGGCAUUAUCAAAUGGGAGAUGGCACUGUGCCUCCUGGCCGUAUACCUCAUCUGCUACUUCUCCCUGUGGAAGGGUAUCAGUACAUCGGGGAAGGUUGUGUGGUUCACCGCCCUCUUCCCCUACGUUGUACUCCUGAUUCUCCUCAUCCGGGGGAUUACUCUUCCUGGCUCAGCGGAUGGUAUUCGGUACUAUCUGAGUCCCAACUUUGAUGCCAUUUAUGACUCUGAAGUAUGGGUUGAUGCAGCCACGCAGGUCUUCUUCUCACUAGGUCCAGGAUUUGGUGUUCUCCUUGCGUAUGCUUCCUACAAUAAAUACCACAACAACGUUUACAAGGAUGCCCUGUUGACGAGUUUCAUUAACUCAGCUACGAGCUUUGUAGCUGGUUUCGUCAUUUUCUCCGUUCUCGGGUACAUGGCGCACACAUCCAAUCAGGACAUUAGGGACGUUGCCACGGAGGGUCCUGGGUUGGUGUUCAUUGUGUACCCAGCUGCAAUUGCCACAAUGCCCGGAAGUAUCUUCUGGGCACUCAUCUUCUUCAUGAUGCUCCUCACAUUGGGCCUAGAUAGCUCCUUUGGUGGCUCUGAGGCCAUCAUUACAGCCCUCAGUGAUGAAUUCCCCAAAAUUGGCCGAAAUCGCGAGAUCUUUGUAGCCUGCCUGUUCUCCCUGUACUUUGUCGUGGGGCUCGCAAGCUGCACUCAGGGUGGAUUCUACUUCUUCCAACUGCUAGAUCGCUACGCGGCCGGCUACUCCAUCCUCAUUGCGGUAUUCUUCGAAGCAAUCGCCGUGUCCUGGAUCUAUGGGGUGCAGCGCUUCUGUGACGACAUUGAGGACAUGAUUGGCUUCCCACCUGGACUGUACUGGCGUGUGUGCUGGAAAUUCGUAGCGCCAAUCUUUCUGCUCUUCAUCAUUCUCUAUGGGCUAAUUAUGUAUGAACCACUUAGCUAUGAGGACUAUGUCUAUCCAGGAUGGGCAAAUACACUUGGGUGGUGUAUUGCUGGAUCCUCAAUGGGGAUGAUUCCCAUCAUUGGUACCUACAAGUUCCUCACGACUCCUGGUUCGUUCAUUCAGCGCUUCAAGAAGCUUACAACACCCUGGCGGGAUACUCAGGUGGCCAAUGCCAAUGGGAUUGAGUCAGUACACGUGCAAGUCCGCCUAACUGACGCAAAAGAUGCCGAAGAAGUUUGAGUUGCACCAUGGACGAGAUUUAGAAUUUACUACGUGUAGUAAUUAUUUCAUUAAUUUAGCCGAUAGUCGAGCAAUUUCUAUGACGAAAUUGCUUUAUUUAUUACUAAAAAAAAAGAGCCUAAAGCUCUUUCUUGUUUUUCAUUUCAAUCCCUUCAGUUAUCUGUUGUUGGGAUUUUUGCAAGAAAUGUUUUUCUUUUAAUUUUAUUUGUAUAGAAUUUAUAUAGAAUUGUAUAGAAUUUAGGAUCCGCAUUGAAAGUUUUCUUUGUAAGAAUCUUUGAUUGAAUGAGAAAAAUCAAAGAAAAUUAAUUUUUUUGUCGAUAUAGUGCGGAAAUGCUGUGUAGAUAAUAGAAUUGUUUCAUACAAGAUCGAAAGUAAGUUUAUAUAUAGGAUGCUAUAUAAUAGGAGAAAAUAAUGAGCAAGAUAAAUAAAUUAACCAUAUAGGUAGUAAGAAAACAUGUAAUUUAGCAAGAAAAAGCAAAGUGUAAAUUGAGCUUUAAAAAAAACUGAGAAAGAGAUGUUCGAUCAUAUCCGAAAAGUUCGUUCAAAGUAUUUAUAGAUAAAAAAAAAACAUCCCAAAAUGGAUAAAAAAUACUCAAAGUUGUGACAAAUCCUUUUAUAUGAGCUUUUGUAGUUUUUUCUUUGUAGAUUUUCCACAAAAAAACUGAGGAGUUUUUCGAAAAAAAUUUUGAUCAAAGUUGAAGAAAAAUUCACUUUUUUGGAAAUAUUUUACACAGCCAUUAAAAUAUUUCCUUAAAAAGAAAUUUAAUUUAAUUUAGAUUUUAAGCUUUUAAUCUAGAUUUUUCUAGAUUAAAAGCUUUCAACUCUGCUUAGAAUGCGACUGUUGAUAGGUUUUCUUAUAUAAGAGAGAAUGCCUCAUACAGCCAUUUGGGGUAUUCUCUUAAAAUUAAGAGAACAUCAGAGUAUAACGUUUUGGAAGAAAAACUCUCUCAGAAAAAUAAUUUUUGCUCACAUUGAAGGACUUCCGGCUCACAAACAGCCAUUGUGGGAUGAAACUCCUUGGCGUGAUGCGAUGAAUUUGCUUGUUAGCCUUCCUUUGGUGGUUUUUAUUAAUAAAUUAUUAUUUUUAUUUGAACCACGA